AUGCAGCACCUCUACCGCAAACUGUCGAUCGUGCGGAGCAUCGUCGCGGCCAUGAAGCCCAUCCGUCGAGACGCGGUGCUGUUGAUGGUAUCGAGCCCAGUGGAUCUGUUGACCUCUCUCAUGAGGGAGAUGGCGGGCCUACCGGCGGGACAGGUGCUGGGGACGGGGACGGAGCUUGAUGGCGUGCGGUUGCGGGCGUUGGUUGCGGCGGAGAUGGGGACCCCCGCAUCCACCAUCAACAACCUCAACGUCCUAGGCGUCCACGGCCCCUCUCAGCUCGCGACCUGGUCAAACGCCGCCAUCAACGACCAACUCCUCCAGCAGACCCUGCUCAGCAACCAGCAGCCCAACGCUUCUGGCCGAAGAGUGCAAGCGGCGGUCCGAGGCCAUCAUCCGCACCAAGAGGUCGACCGAGUACGGCAUCGCGGCGGUGAUCGCGCGGCUCUGCGCAGCCAUUCUAGCAGAUGA